GUGCUCCGAGAUUCGGAAACUGGCGGAAGAUAGAUCCCGGUGGCGAUGGCCGACAGUUGUGGUUGUGGCGCCACCGAGGAGGACCCCACCUGUUCCCCCCUCGGACUCCCCAUCAUGUCGACUUCGCACUCAAGGCAGCAUGGAGAGCGGUGGCCUGCGGGCGGCUGGUAACCGUCCCCUCCCUCUCUCUCAUCUAAAUGCUCGCUCCUCCAUCGGCUCCCCGUUCCAUCCCGGCUCUCCUUCGUGAUGAUGCGAGCCCUUUGAUUCUUCCCUCGGAACAGUGCAGAGGAGACAGAUGGUGGGCAUCUUCGCUCUGUUCUCCGCCGGGAGGAUCAGCCACCGCCGGACGAAGAGCGCGGCUGACGUGAGGCAAGUAUUUUUGGCUCCAAACAUGGAGGUCGGAGGUUCCUCUACCGGCACUGACCAUGAAGCUGAUGUACACGACGAGUUCAAACCGAUCGAGCACCCGACGGAGCCGCUCAACCACGAUCAACCCGUGAGAUGCCCGCUGCCCGAUCCUUCGAUACUUGAUGAUGGUGGAACGUGGAAGGGAAGGAUAUCUUCUGCAAGUGCCGGCACAGCUGGCUUGCCCAUGGUGAAGCAAGACACGGAUGUGGAACCUCAAGCUGGUGAAACCACGGCGCAUUCCAUCUCACCUGGACGCGUCUCGUCGGCAUCCAUCGGCGUUCCUGAGCAUCGUUUCGUGACCGUGCUUGAAGAAGACUGCAACACGGAUGAAACCCAGAUUGCGCAUGGCUGAUGACUUGUGCUUCCUUGCUUCAUGUGUUCUUCCUCCCCGACUGCUGCUGCUGUUGAAUCUUACCACAUUCAAUUGUUGAUAGACCAAAUCUAUCUUCAUUGC